AUGAAGAAUGUCUCGGUGUCCAUUAACUUCAGUGAAGUAAAAAGAUCAGUAAGAGCUGACGUGCUGGAUGCUCCGGACAGUCAGUCACAGAUAUUGGUCCUAGGCGCACAAUUGCCACCACACGUGCGUGUCUGGGACUCUGUAACUCUGAAUACACUGCAUGUCAUCGGAAUGGGGUUUUUUGACCGAGCUGUCACUUGCAUUGCUUUUUCUAAAUCUAAUGGAGGAAGUAGCCUGUGCUCUGUGGAUGACUCAAACGACCACGUGCUUUCUGUGUGGGACUGGCAGAAAGAGGAAAAGCUGGCAGAUGUCAAGUGCUCUAAUGAGGCUGUAUUUGCUGCAGAUUUUCACCCUACUGAUACAAAUAUAAUAGUUACUUGUGGAAAAUCACACCUUUAUUUUUGGACACUAGAAGGAAAUUCCCUUAUUAAAAAGCAAGGAUUAUUUGAGAAACAAGAGAAACCAAAGUUUGUCCUGUGUGUGACCUUUUCUGAAAAUGGUGAUACGAUUACAGGAGACUCAAGUGGAAACAUUUUGGUUUGGGGGAAAGGUACCAACAGAAUAAGCCACGCGGUUCAAGGGGCACAUGAGGGUGGAAUAUUUGCGCUGUGUAUGCUGCGAGACGGUACACUGGUAUCAGGAGGGGGAAAAGACCGAAAGCUGAUAUCUUGGAAUGGAAAUUACCAAAAACUUCACAAAACUGAGAUUCCAGAGCAGUUUGGUCCAAUAAGAACAGUAGCAGAGGGAAAAGGGGACGUCGUAUUAAUAGGAACUACUAGAAACUUUGUGCUACAGGGCACGCUAUCAGGAGAUUUUUUCCCAAUUACCCAGGGUCACACUGAUGAGCUUUGGGGACUUGCAGUCCAUUCCUCUAGACCUCAGUUCUUCACUUGUGGACAUGACAAACACAUUACCCUCUGGGAUGCUACCACUCAUCGUCCUAUCUGGAACAAGAUUAUAGAGGAUCCAGCACAGUCUUCAGGUUUUCAUCCUUCAGCAUCUGUCGUUGCAGUAGGGACGCUGACUGGAAGGUGGUUUGUGUUUGACACAGAAACAAAAGACUUGGUCACUGUACACACAGAUGGAAAUGAACAGCUGUCUGUAAUGCGUUACUCACCAGAUGGAAACUUCUUGGCAAUAGGUUCCCAUGACAACUGUAUUUAUAUAUAUGGCGUAAGUGAAAAUGGGAGAAAGUACACUAGAAUUGGCAAAUGUUCAGGUCAUUCCAGCUUCAUUACUCAUCUGGAUUGGUCUGUUAAUUCACAAUAUCUUGUGUCUAAUUCAGGAGACUAUGAAAUCUUAUACUGGAUCCCCUCUGCUUGUAAACAAGUCGUGAGUGUUGAAACAACUAGAGAUAUAGAAUGGGCCACUUACACCUGUACUUUGGGAUUCCAUGUUUUUGGUGUAUGGCCUGAAGGUUCAGAUGGAACAGAUAUCAACGCUGUCUGUCGAUCUCACGGGAGAAAACUGCUAUCAACAGGGGAUGAUUUUGGCAAAGUACACCUCUUCUCAUAUCCAUGUUCACAGUUUAGGGCUCCAAGCCACGUGUACGGUGGACAUAGUAGUCAUGUAACUAACGUCGAUUUUCUCUGUGAAGACACCCAUCUCAUCUCCACAGGUGGAAAAGAUACAAGUAUUAUGCAGUGGCGAGUCAUUUAGAGGAAACAUCCAUGUGAACAUCCACAGUUGAGUCGACCAUGCACAGAACUUAUGUAUAAACUGUAUAUUUAAAACUUAACAGUAUGUUUGCAGUUUAGCCUGGUCACUGUGAUUUUUGUUUAAAAAAUUCUUACAAACCUCAGGAAAAUUAAGCCCUGUGCUGGUUACCUUACUCAGUCUAGUGAUUUUUUUUUUUUUUUCAUUGUGUCACACCUUAAGAAUGAUCGUUUUCUCUUCUGUUGUACAAUAUAUGAUGCAGUACAAGUUUAAUAUAAGAAAUGUGGCUUGACAGUUUGCAAUACAGUGGUAUCAGCGGAACGUGACUAUCUUAAAUGUUUUCCAUAAACACUGCUAAAAUGGUCACAAAAAUGCCUUUCAAAGACUGUAUAUAUGUGCUUAUUUGUUUCACUAUCUACACUUUGUACUGUAUAUGUACUUAUUUAGAAAAGUCUAAGACAAUGUCAAGGUACCGAAUGUUUCUGAUGGAGGAUGAUGAAUAGAUACAGAAAGUAUAAACCGAGGUGUAAGGUGCAAAAAUUAGUGGUUUAGACCUGAAAACGUGAAUGCUGGCAAAUUUGCAUUCUCUUGGGAACAGCACACCUUGGGUAUCACCCGUGAG